AUGGCCCUGGUGGUGGGCGUCUCGUGUCCCAGGAGGCUGGUGCUGAGCCCCCAGACCGUGUUUGUUGGGAAGAACAAGCCACAGAAAGAUCCCCUGAGCUCCUUCCGCUGGCAGGGCUUCAAGCUGGAGGAAUAUCUCAUCGGCCAACCCAUCGGGAAGGGCUGCAGCGCCGCGGUGUAUGAAGCAGCUAUUCCUUUCUCCCCCCGUGGUCGGGGCUGUGGGGACAGCAGCCACCUCGCAGGGCAUGGCCCAGCUUCACAGGCAGCUGAAGAGGAGCCCGUAGUGAAACACCAACCGAAGGAGGCUUUUCCGUUAGCUAUCAAAAUGAUGUGGAACAUUUCGGCUGGUUCCUCAAGUGAAGCCAUCCUGGAUGCUAUGGGCCGAGAGCUUGUUCCAGCCACAGGGAUUGCCUUAGCCGGAGAAUACGGAGCUGUCCCUGGCCACAGGAAACCCAUCCUUGGGAGGAAGAAGUUGCAACCUCAUCCGAAUAUAAUCCAGGUGAUCCGAGCGUUCACGUCCUCUGUCCCUUUGCUGCCUGGAGCCUUUGCAGACUAUCCCGAUGUUCUUCCAUUAAGCCUGAAUCCCAGAGGGAUUGGUCACACCAGCACUGAGGUUGAACUACAAGCUGUAAGCUUCCAGGAUGCUAAUUCCAAGGUUUCCCUUGUUCUCGCUAGUUAUCCCUGCACGCUGCGCCAGUAUCUGCAGGAGAGCAGUCCGGAUGUCUGUCUCUCCACGAUGAUGAUUUUACAGCUCUUGGAAGGUGUGGACCAUCUUGUUCGCCAUGGAAUAGCACACAGAGACCUGAAGUCUGACAACAUCCUGGUUGAAUUUGAUUCUGCUGGCUGCCCCUGGCUGGUGAUCACAGACUUUGGUUGCUGUCUGGCAGAUGAAAACAUCGGCUUGAGACUGCCUUUCACCAGCUCUUACGUGGAUCGGGGCGGCAACGGCUGUCUCAUGGCACCCGAGGUGAUCACAGCCUCGCCUGGUCCAGGCACAGUGAUCAACUACAGUAAAUCUGAUGCUUGGGCUGUUGGAGCAAUCGCCUAUGAAAUCCUUGGCCUGGCCAAUCCUUUCUAUGGCCACGGGGCCUCGGCUCUGGAAAGCAGAAGCUACCAUGAAGACCAGCUGCCCAGCCUGCCCGACCACGUGCCCCUCGAGGUGAAGCAAGUGAUAAAGAUGCUGCUUCGGAGGGAUCCCAACAAGAGACUCUCUGCCAGAGUUGCUGCCAACGUGCUUCACCUGAGCCUCUGGGGUGGAAGCGUCCUGGCGACCCAGGCCCUGAAACCCGACCAGAUGGUCACUUGGCUCCUCUGCCAGUCUGCAGCCACCCUGCUCACCGAGGGGCUGGUGGAUCGAAGCCGGGUGGAAACCAAAAUGAAGAUGUGCUUUUUGGCAAACCUCGGGGCAGCCAUAUUCCGGCUGCUGGCCUGGAGGAGCCGGUCUGGGUGA